AUGCAUACACACUCUCGUAUCGGUCUCCUUGCACGGACGCCUGGGUGCACUGCAGGCACUAUUUUCGCAUAUGGACAAACGUCAUCUGGCAAGACCUACACGAUGAAGGGCUCUGAAAACAGCGACGGAAUCAUUUCGAUGGCGAUCAUGCAGAUUUUCCAGACUGUCAUUGCGGUACGCUCUCUGACUUGCUCGUCCAAUCGCGAUUUUUUGCUUCGUGUGAGCUACUUGGAGAUUUACAACGAGGUCAUCAAGGACUUGCUCAAUCCAGAAAACAGCGUCAAUCUCAAGAUCCAAGAAAACCCGCAGAGCCGUGAGAUGUUCAUCAAAGGGCUGACGGAGCUGUCCGUGGGAUCACUCGAUGAAAUCGAUCAGUGUCUGAGAAUUGGCGAAGCGAACCGACAUGUGGGUGAAACCAACAUCAACGAGUUCAGCAGUCGCUCACAUACUAUAUUUCGGAUUGUAAGUUCUGGUGCCUCGCUUGAAGACGUGCCUUCAGCGGCAGUGAAGGUCUCCACCCUGAAUCUUGUUGAUCUUGCUGGCUCCGAAAGAGUCGGCCACACAGGCGCUGAGGGAGUUCGCCUCAAAGAGGGCGGUCACAUCAACAAGAGUUUGCUGGCGCUUGGAAACGUCAUCAAGAAGCUAACCGAAGAGGGCUCCGCUGCUUCGCAUGUUCCUUACCGAGACUCCAAGCUGACUCGGAUCCUGCAGUCGUCUCUGGGUGGAAAUGCCCGAACCAGCAUCAUCUGCACGGUAACGCCUGCGGCGGCAUAUAUCGACGAAACCCACAGCACUCUGAAGUUUGCGGGAAAGGCCAAACAAGUCAAGAAUAAGCCUGAAGUAAAUGAGGUACGGUAA